GAUUCAGACCUCUUUUAAGAAGGUGAAGAAACCCUUUCAACGUCUAAUUCUUCAUUCUUCAACCAUCCAUGGCUUUCAAUAUCUUCAUACCAUAUUUCUUCAUUUUCAUCUCUGUUUUCUUCACUCUUUCCAACUCCGUCACCUUCAAUUACCCAGCUGUUUUUAACUUCGGAGAUUCCAAUUCAGACACCGGCGGUCUCAUUGCAGGACUUGGCGAUGAACUUAACUCUCCUCAUGGACAGUCUUUUUUCAAGAAACCCUCUGGCCGGUUUUGUGACGGCCGCCUGAUCGUCGACUUCCUAAUGGACGCCAUGAAUCUUCCGUUUCUGAAUCCUUAUUUAGAAGCAAUCGGAGCUCCGGUCUUCAAAAAAGGCUGCAACUUUGCUGUUGCCGGUUCCACUAUUAUGCCGGCGACGGCGAAUUCAGUCAGCCCAUUUUCAUUUAAAGUUCAAGUAGCUCAGUUCUUGAGAUUCAAAGAUCGGGUUAACGAUAUUCAAACGAAAUCCAAGAAAUUCGACAAAUACUUACCUGCGGAUGAAUAUUUCCAAAAGGGUUUAUACAUGUUCGACAUCGGACAGAAUGAUCUCGCCGGCGCAUUUUACUCCAAAUCACUAGAUCAAAUUCUAGCUUCAAUUCCCACAAUCAUGGAAGAAUUCGGAAACGAAAUCAAGCAAUUAUACGAUGAAGGAGCAAGAAAUCUAUGGAUUCACAACACGGGUCCACUCGGAUGCUUAACUCAAAACGUUGCUAAAUUCGGAUCCGACCCAUCAAAACUCGACGAAUUCGGAUGUGUAAUCGGCCAUAACCAAGCAGCCAAGCUUUUCAACCUGCAAUUUCACGCCCUCUGCAAGAAACUACAAGGCCAAUAUCCCGACAUUAACGUUACUUACAUUGACAUCUACACUGUGAAAUCAAAUCUCAUUGCUAACUAUUCACGAUACGGGUUUGAACAACCGAUCAUGGCGUGUUGUGGGUAUGGUGGAGGUUCAUUGAAUUAUGACAGUCGGGUAAGUUGUGGACAGACGAAAGUGAUAGAUGGGAAUAAUACGGCGACGGCAAAAGGGUGUGAUGAUAGUACGGAAUAUGUAAGUUGGGAUGGGAUUCAUUAUACUGAAUCUGCAAAUCAAUAUGUUUCGUCUCAGAUUCUCACCGGAAAAUUCUCCGAUCCUCCCUUUUCCGAUAGGAUGCCUUUUCUUCUUAAUCUUAAGUUUUAGAAAAAAAGGGUUUUUAUUUAUGUGUAAAACAGGGGCUGUUGAUGACUUCAAAAAUGUUAAAUAAUUAAUAUUCAUUUC